AUGCGUCCAUCAAUCAAACAUCCAACAGUUGUUAUGCCUCGUCCGACAAAAGCUUCACUAGCUCGACAAACCAAAAUUCGAAGUUCGAUGUUAACUUCAACAACGAAUACAAUGUUGAAAUCCAUUCAAAAUGAACAGAUCAAGUCGGAAACUGAUCUGCGCACAGUCGGUUUAACGAAACGAACUGGUAUCAUUUCGAAAAAUCAUGUUGUUUUCAAACGGCGAAGAUCUUUGAACAAGCUCGCUGUCAUCGUUUCGGGUUCGUCAUUGGAUAAUUCAACAAGUGAUGGCGAAACGUUAAAACAAGUCAUUGUCGCUUCGUUAACUGAAAAUGUCAAAAAAAUGGAUUUGAUCGGAUCUGAUAACAAAGAGAACUGUUCUGUAAAAUCAACAAUCGCACUUCGUCAAAAAACACCCAAUCUCCUUCUGGAUAAUUAUCUUGCCGAACAAAUCCAUAUCGAACAAAUCGAGCCACCCUAUGUAAAUGAAGCAGGAAAUGAUGGUGACGAUGAACCAAUUGAUCCGUCCUAUGCUAUAGAUUAUAUUUCUGAUAUUAUGAAUUUAUUGUACACAUUGGAAAAAAAGUAUCCUGUCCGUUCAUCGUUUUUGACAAAUCCAUCAUUAGGAAUUAUAACAAUAGCGAAUGGAAGUGCAAUACGAUCAUGGAAACUAACCGCGAAACAUCGUUUGAUUGUUGUCGGAUGGCUUAUACAAUUAUUCUAUUCGCGAUUUCAUUUAUCUCAAGAUGCCUUACACAUUUGUAUUGGUUUACUCGAUCGUUUUCUUCAACAGUGUAUCACCGGAACAAAUGGAGACAAGAAUUUUGUCACUCAAAAGAAUUUACAAUUGAUCGCUGUUGCGACAUUUCUUCUAGCGGCAAAAGUGGAAGAAACACACCAUCCACCAGUCGAUGAACUUGUUUAUGUUACUGAUCAUGCUUAUACAAGUGAUCAAGUCAAACGAAUGGAAAAGAAAAUUCUUCAUGAACUACAUUUUGAACUCAAUCGACCGACAAGUCUCCAAUUUCUCCGCCGUUUUUCGUUUAUAUCGAGCUGUAGUGAUGAACAGCAUGCGAUUGGUAAAUUUCUUAUCGACAUGGCAUUACUCGAUGUGUCCUGUAUUGAUUUAUCUCCGUCAUUGAUCGCUGCGAGUGCCACGUACAUUGCUCGAUAUAUUCUCAAUCCAGAUCAACCAUCGCCAUUCGAAUACUGUUGGCCUCCUGAUCUACAACAACGUUCACCCUACAAAACUCUCCAAUCCUUAUCAAACGGUAUUCGAAUUGUAGCACAAUGUAUCGAUAAUUCUUUAUCAGGAACCAGUUCGAAGGAAUAUGAGAUUCUCGUCAAACGUUACGAUCAUGAACAAUUGUCGAAAGCAAGUGUUUAUUGUGCUCAACAGCGAAUGUUGAUUCAUCAAUUAGCGCAUGAAUCGUUCGAAAAAUAA